AUGGGAAAAAGCAAAACGCGAGCCGCAAACGAAAAUUUUUGCCAGGAAAAUGAGGAACAAAUGGAAAGCCAAGCAGUGGUUGUUCAUGCGAUGAAUCAACCUGAAAGUUCGUCACCUCAUUCACAAUCAUCGACAUCGAGUAGUCAGGCAGAAUUGGCCGAAGAGGCUUUAUGUCUCUCAUGCGGGGACAAUCUUCAAUCAAUCACCGCCGAUAAACGAAAACAAUCACGCAGUAUGGUGGUGCCAAUUUCUGGGACGUUGAGUCGACCGCUCAACAAAAGAUUUUCUAUUUCGUCAACAAAAGCCGAUAAACCGAUUCCAAAAACGGUUCGCGAGCGGAUCGCCUCAACGUUUCUGAAAGAGGAAUGGGCUGAUGUGCAUUUCGUUUUUCACACUCAACAAGGAAUCGAGAGAGUCCCAUCGAAUUCCUACAUUCUUUCCGUUUCGUCGUGCGUCUUUUGCGCUCAAUUUUCCGGGAAUUUCAAAAUCGAAAACGAGAUUGAAUUAGAAAAUGUCGAUUGUGAAGCAUUCAAGAUUAUGUUACGUUACCUCUACACGGAUGAGUUACAUUUGACUCUCGACAGUGGUCUCAAUGUGCUUUAUCUUGCUCGAAGAUACUUGAUCGAACCGUUAAUCGAUGCAACUCUCGACUUUUUAUCCACCCAAUUAACCGCAUCAAAUGUGUGUCUCUUUCUUCCGCAAAAGAAUCUUUUCGAUGAAGAAUUUCUAAUGAAACGCUGUUGGAUGGUGGUAGAUGCUCAAGCGGAGAUCGUACUGAAAAGUGAUGCAUUCAAGGAAUUGCCUCUGGAUAUGGUUCGAUCAAUUGUGUCAAGAGAUGAGUUGAAUGUCAGCGAACAAACGGUCUUCGAAGCACUCGUUGAAUGGGCUCGAGUUGAAUGUGAUAGACAAGACCUAACACCAACAAAUGAAUGUAUCCGAUCGAUUCUCGGGGAUCUCUUCUACGAAAUUCGUUUCUCAACGAUGCGACUUGAAGCCUUUGCAGAUGGGCCAGCGGACACGGAUUUUCUGACUGCUGAGGAAAAGUCGAACAUCUUCCUCAACUUGACAGCAAAAAAGAAGCCGACACUUCGCUUCAAGUCAAAUUGUCGAAGUGGACUCCCACAACUUUGGCGUUACCGUGGCCUUUGCGACGCCAUUCAAUUCUCGGUCGAUCAACGCAUUUUCCUCACCGGCGUCGGUCUUUACGGAAGCACUGGGCAAGGAAAUUACGACUAUGCGGUUCAAAUGGAAGUGAAACAAGUUGGUGUAUCCACUCCAUUAACCGAAAUUCAAACGCAAUUCAACUGUGACGGGAUAAGCCGAGUGUUUCCGGUUCUUUUCAAAGAGUCUGUACAGAUUGAAGCAGAUAUACCAUACACAAUUAUCGUCACAAUUGAUGGCAAACGAUUGUCUUUCUUUGGACAAGAGGGAAUGCCAGAGGUCCAAGUUUCAAUCUCGAAUUCAUCGACAAUCACUUUUUCAUUCGAAGCUUCACCGGAAUCCAAAAACGGCACGGGAAUUCAAGGAGGACAAAUCCCCGAAUUGCUCUUUUAUGCG